AUGUCAGCUGCUGCUUCCCGAUCCAGAAACGUUGAAAAACAAAUAUCAUUCCAAAAAGUGGGACCAAAAGACAUAUUAGUUCAUUUAGGAUUCUUACAAAUUGACCAUCGAUACAAAAUAACUUUCUGCAUCCCCAAAUCAACCCUCGACAUACCAAAUCUGAUACCCGAUGCAAACAAAUAUUUCAAAGCAAUUUGUGAACACAUUGUUGAAGAAGUGAUUACUUUGAGUAACUUGGAUAAUUUUAAAGAUAUAAGGAUUAUUUUAAGAGCUACUAUCAUUGGUAAAGGUAAAGGUACUCCGAUGGUUAGGAAAGGAGUUAAAUCAGUUGAAGUUAUGGAGCACAGUGAAUCUGAUAGUUGAAUAUAAGUUGGAUAUGUGGGAGUAUUAGGUUUGAUCUCAUAAACAUGUAUU